AUGACCCACGAUUUUUUACCACGUGCUAAUGUCGGAAAGGCACUAAGAUGUGGCAAAGAGAAAAUGGGAAACGUUUUCACCCAUUCAAAUAGAGCUAGGCAAUCCAUGUGUUGGAGAGAGAGCGAGAGAGAAGAAGAAGAGGAAGAAGAAGAAGAGGGGAUUGAGUACCUGAGAAGAGAAAGAAGAAAGGGGUUUGCUUUGAAAUGGAGGGAAUUGGCGGUUGUCGGCGAUGGACAGAAAUGGAUAGAUAGAAUGGAAGAGAGAGAAAGAGAUUUUGAUUUCGAUGAAAAAAAAAAAAUCUUACCCGCCCCAAAACGCACUGACCAAGAGGGGUAUAUGAAUAAUUUCACCUGUUUAGCCAUUAUUUGCAAGGAUGACGUGACACGUGUCAAGCUCUCCGCCCUCCUUUCUCUUGCUUAA